AUGGGACCGAUUUCUGAAGGGAAGUCUCAGACUCCUCAAAGACCUCAGAUUACGUCCUCGAACAGCCCGGAAUACCGCCAUAAGCUGGCAGACAUCAGCUCCCGGGCGACCUUCUCAGACUCGCUAAACUCGGUCUUCCAAGCCGAAAGAGUCGGGCCAGCUUCCAAAGUUAAGCUCCAAGAUCUCUACGAUGCAACACUCUUUCGUAUAGAGACGAAAGUCGGACUUGGUUCUCAUAUCGUGGAGGCUGAUAAUUUUGCUGCUGUAGCGUGCUGGGAACCUCCUGGAGCUGUUCAUCCGAAUCACACCGUGGAAGAACUAGAGGAAUUGGCUUUGACGAGACCCAUAUAUUCGGGAUUCAUUCGAGACAUUGAAGCUGCGAGGACCGAGUGUUUGGGAGAGCAGAAGUGCUGGCAGUUAACGCUGAUGGCGAGAGAUCCGCUGAGAACGAGUAAAGGUGCGGUGAGGGCGAUCAUUGAACCAUAUGUAAAAAGAGCCGAGGAGGAGAGAGUGCCGAUUUGGUGUGUUGCUGGAAACGAACACGCCAGAGAUGUUUACGCUUAUUUUGGCUUCAAGGUUGUGAGAAUUGUUUACUCUGGCCCAGAUCGUGUACAAACUUGGUGCAUGGUGUGUAACUGGCCGAAGUUUGGUCCCGGAUGCUGA